AUGAGUUGUUUACAGCCUACAAGAGUUGUGCAAGACACCGCUAUGAGUGAGGAGAUGAGACGCAUUUCUGAAGAAGCUCGAAACCUCGCACACGACCUUGUAUCGUAUCGCAUUGGAAAAAUGAAUCCUCCGCCGACACGCACGGCUGCGAUUUUACGAAGACUUUCUGACGAGCUCGAGGAUCGCCAUUCGAUGGUGCUUUCGAAUAUGUGCAACAGACUUAACGUUGUUAACGGCUCAGCGCAAGUGAAAUUUGUGCAAGUUGCAGACGAGGUAUUCCGCGAAGGAAUUAACUGGGGUAGGAUCGUGGCAAUCUUUGCGUUUGGAGCAAAAAUGGCGCAGUACUGUGUGACUAAUGGCUUACAACAAGAGGUGGAGGAGAUCAUUGUUUGGGUUGGAAAUUAUAUUUCAGGUCUUUCAAACUGGAUUCAUUCAAACGGAGGAUGGGUAAGCUGCCAAAAUAUAGGAUCUCCGACUGAUAACUUCAUAACUUUAACAAAGUAUUAAAUAUUAAAAGUGUCUUACCAAUUUAUUAAAGCUAUAUUUGCAAAGACUUCACCAUCCCAGUUUGCAAAAAAAUCAUAACAGAUUAUUUACCUAAAUUGGUUAUUUUAUACCUGCGUGAAUGGAAACACAGUAUUUUGCUGAAUUCGCAACCGUUGGCAAAUAAUGCUGCUCUUCAAACCACAUCAAAUUUUGCACCUCGCACGUUAAAGUUUUUCAAAAUAUUGAUCUACCAAAACCGAAAAAUCAACCGUUGCAAUCUCUUAUUAACUCCAUGCCUUACAUUACAAUCACAAAAUUCAAAUUAAAAUUAGAACAUCUCUCCCGCUUUUUCAAGACUCGAUAUCGGCAAUCUGUCCUUUAAUACCGAUAAAAUCAAGAAAUAUUUUCUCGAUCUGCUUAUAACUUCCUGUUUAUAUUAGGCCUACAAUAUGUGCCUAUUAUAUUGAAUUUACAGGGAAAAUCCUGCUAGUAUACGAUUUCAAAUGCAAAUUCACUUAAGAGACUGAGCCGUAGUAAGUGUUUUUGCACGUGUAUCUGUAUUUUCUUUUUGUCCAGUAAUAUCUUUUACUUAAUGCCGUAAAGAAAUUUUCAGAAAGACAGGCUGAUAGUUCAGUUAUUGGAAGAUCAACGAUUUAAGGCAAGAAACACCCUAGCCGCUAUAGAGGUCGUCAUGUUUUGUUAUAAUUAUUCAUGGUUUAAAAAGCUACUUUGAAUAUUUUUCCUUGCAAACGGACUUAAUGUUUCCAAUAUUUUAACAGUUGCAAUUAGUAAUUGUUUUACUAAAACCUUUUUUCAAGUCUUUUACUGAGUUGAAACUUCUACAGGUCGUAAACUGACGUCGCAAAGCGAAGUAUCAAGUUUUGCCUCGUGCAGCCAGAGUUUAGAGGCUAAAAGAGAACAUGCAAGCUGGUCAACAGUUAGAAUCUAUCAGUGAUGUUGUAAGCGGGUUUUGGAAUGGGCUUAUGGUCAGUUGCACAAAUUUCUUCAACAACUGUAUAUGCUUAUAGUAUCAAAAUGUGUUACAUCAAAAGAUUUCACUUAGACCUGCGAUACCCAAGCAAAUUAAAAAUAUUGAAUAUAUUGCCAAUGUAUUCGGGACUUUGAUCCUUCUCCUUUUGUGCAUUUACUACCGAAAGAGCCGAUUUUUUCCUCUGUGAAAGUAAUGUUUUAGUUUGUUCAGAAUUAUCGAAACUAUACGAGAGUCUAUCAAUUGCUAGUUUUGAUUAAAAAUUUUUCCACCGUUUAUUGUUCUACAGAGGUAGGGAAUUGUACAUUGUUUUGGUAGUUGUACAGAUGCCAAGUUUUCACUGAAUGGCUAUUGGCCUAACUCUUUAACCCCAAAGAGUGAUCAGUAUCAAUAUUCUCCUCGUGAAGUCAAUGCUUUAUAAAACAGAUCGGUGACGAGAAUUAAGGACAUGAUCACACAAGAUGAAUUUGGUCGAUACUUUAACAACUUCGCCCCACUACUUUCAAGGGAAAAGUAUAGGGACAACAAAUGAGAAUUGGAAUUUUGAUAUUACGGACUAUAGAGUUAAGAAAGGCUUUAAGCAUGAAAAACGAGUUGAGCACAACAGCGUUUCCGUGUUUGACAUUUGAGAAGUUUUGCCCAAUAUUCAUUAAUUCAUGUACCCUACCCUGUUCUUAGCCGUCAUUGAUAGUCAUUUAAACAUCUUUCGAUGAAGCUAAUAAUCACGAAACCGAUGUUUUAAGAAAAAUCAAGGGGAGUUUCCUGUUUCACUUUCAGUUAUCAAUAAUUGCUUUGAUCUGCAAUUUCUUGUCUGCAGUGGUGACUACAUAUGAAACCAGCUUUCUAAGUGUCUUGACACGGAGUGAUGCUUUUUGAAAUCUCUCCAUGAAUUUUUUUAAGCGAUUGCAAAAGCUGGGACCUUCCCACAUCCAAAGACUGAUUCAACAUAUCUUAAACUCUCCAGUACUAAAGAGAGACUAGCGUUUCUCUGGUAUUUUCAUUGCAUGUCUUUUGCGUUGGAUCAGUUAUUGUAUGUCUGCUGUCGAAUGAGUAACAUGACUCGGUUGCUAAGUUACAAUAGACUCUCUUUGGGCAAGACCCAACGUUGAAGUUAUACAAGUAUAUUUUUACUAUUCUUCGACAAUUUUGGUUUUUAGCAAAACACCUUAAAAGAAAGGAUAGAACUAUGUCAUUGACGAAUUCAGCCAUAGUUUGAUGGCAUAUUGAUUUUUGUUCGUGUAUUUAUUCAUGAGAUGUCUGCUCGCUGAAGUAAGUACAUUCUUUAUGCCAAAAAUUGCAUCCAGGAUAACGCGCAAUGGAUCGACGUUUUUUUGAAGACAAAAACUACCCAGUGACUUGCAAACAUCAGGUUCCAAUGUUUCAUUUUAUGACAAACGGAGCCAAAAUUCAGAAUUGCGUCAUGGGUCUGUUUAAGAAAUUUGCUUUCUGUUAGAUACGAACCAGUUGAACUCUGACAUAAUCACAAAUUAGAAUAAAUAUUUAAAAAAGUAUCUUCAAAUGUCUGAUUUGGGUCGUCAAGGGAUUGAGAAGUCGGUUUCUAUAUGUUGCUGUGGAGUGCAGUUCGAGCCUUUUCAAGUUCUAAUCUAUUCAUAAACUCUUUUGCUAUUGUGGGAAGGGGUAGUCAUUACAAUAAUGGACUUGUUAUGUAAGGGGUUUUAGUUUAUGUCAGUGAUAUCACUGGGAAGACAGACGAACGUGGACAGAAUAAGCAAGGCAGUUAAACAAUUGAAACACCGGCGAUAUGGUCCCGGGGGGUACUCCCCAUAUGAAAGGGGUGGGGAUGCUAGUCGUCUCGCUUAGGGGUAUAAAUUUCGGAUUUUGGUCUCACUUAAGGUGUUCUGGGCAAAACGCCAUCACAUUUAGCCCUGAAGGUCUCGUUUAGGGUUGCACACGAAAUAUAUAUAUAUCGUCUGUGUUUUAACAUGGUCUCUUUUAGGGGUCAAAAAAGCUUGGGCCCCGCCCAGAUCGGUAUCCUUUAGGGGUUUAAUUCAAAAUUUCCGACGAGCAUUCCCACCCCUUUCAUAUGCGGAGUCCCCCCCGGAUAUGGUCGUUAUCCAGCUUUAUUACGUGCUUGACAUAUAUUCAGUUGGUAAAUAAGGCGGGGUUAUCCGUGAUAACUGGUUGAGGAGCACAUAAUCUUACAAGGUAAAGAAUUUAAUGAAGUCUAUUUACGAAGAGUAUUAUACAAUACUGCACAAAGGAUUUGCCAAACGUUUCAAAAUAAAAUUACCGUUGUGAGACAAAAAUGAAUUUCAGACGGAUAUGGAAACAAAAACGGACAAAAAUGAAAGGAAAAGAGAAUUUCUUUUUCAGUGUGAAAAGUUUCGAGUUAAUUUUACUUCCACCUCCUGCUUGUUAUUUCAAACGAUAUUUACCCUUUUGAGCUUUUCAGAAAGAGGUCUUUUAUUGUGAUCAUAAGUUCAGUACUGAGCAGUUCUUUUCUGUGAUUGUUAUGUUCAUUGCGUUUUAAAAAGUAUAGUUAUCAUUAAAAAAUCGCCGAGUCUGCGGAUAAAAUUUUGUAGGAUGACUAUUUUUGCGAAAGUUGCUGAGCAAAGCAUUCCUGACAAAUGAGUUGUAAAUUUAACGAUUGAAGUCCUGUCCAUGAAAAAUACUGAGCACUGCCUUAUGGUGAUACUUAUCCUUUCGUUUUCCGUCCUUAAAGUAACUUUUGUAUGAAAAAUUGAAUCAAAUUUGAAUUUGAAAGAGUGAGAUGUGAAAAAAAAAAAACAGUGAACUAAGAUUGAGUACGUGCAGUGAAUAUUAAAAUAUAGGCUUAAUAUUUUCUUGCUAUUUAUAACCUCAAAUGACUCAAUAUAGCGAGGAUAUGAUCACGUUAUAUCGAGAAACGCGAGUGCAGUGAGAAAUUCCCGCAAUUUAAUAGUUUGUUUAUCUAAAGUUCUGUUUCAAGUGUAACUUAAGAAAAUUGUCUAACCAAGAAAGUAGUGAAGGAUAUAAUGAGAAAAAAUAUAGGAAACACUGCUGUAAAAAUCCACAGUUAAUUUAAAGUUAAACAAACAAUACUUUGAUUAAGUGAAAGUAACGUUUUUUUAUGAGCAUGUGUGCAACGUUUCACACGUUCUUUCAGUUAAAAUUCGUAACGGAGUAAAUUUUUCGAAAGUGCAAAACCCAUGAUUUAUGUUAAUGUUAAUUUUUUGACCAUGAUACAGAGUUUCAUUAACACAGUUUAAGUCAAAAUAAGAGUGGCGAUUUACAUUUACUGACAGAUUACUAUUGAUUUUUACAUCUCUCAGUUUAAUAGUACUCGCACUGAGAUUGGUUAGUAAAUUUAAAAGCAGUUUGUUUUGGUUGCGACCAGUGACAAAGCUAUUCGUUUCAAGUAUAGUUUUGAAGUAGAAUCAUUCUACUUCAUUCUCAUUCAUUAUGAAUGAGUGUGUUAUGCGUUAAACGAAUGUUUUUUCACUACUGAAAGUCACGAUUUUGGAUGUUUAGGAUUUGACGCGCGUCGAUCAUCAAAGUUACGUUUCGAUUUGCUGCAGAGACAAGAUUUGUCUCAAGAGCAGCGUUUAUCCAGCAGCAAGAAGUAUUUUUCUUCUGCACUUAACUAAAUAUUUCUUCUCUCCUUUAUUAGCCGGUGUUCUUAAGAAUGAAAGAGCAAAGAAUCCUAUGAAAAGUCUUCGAUAACAACCUGAGGAAACCAAAAAGCAUUGUAAUUUGUCAACAAUUCUUUUCCCCGCCAGUCCGCAGCGAUCGGUGCGCGAAGAUUUUCCCGCUACGCAAACUUAGAAUAACGCAGGCGUACUAUACGUUGCAUUCGCGCGAAGGUCAUUUAUUUGCUAAAAAUGAACGAGGAAUGAAAUACAGUCAAAAUUUUUCAUUACCCUAUGACAAGAGGAUAUAAAGGGGCAAGUGCCUUACACUCUCUUGCCUGUGAGCAAGCUUAUCGUGUAAGGUCACGGACAAACGUCACGCGAAAACUGACGCACCUCAUGAGGAUAUUGCGCAUAACCAGAAGCCGAUUACUAAAAAACCUUACUAUUCUUUUUUACGGAUUCAAGAAGUUCUAGUAUAUUCAUUAGUGUUAAAUAUGUACUGGUGCGUUGUAAACCUAUGAUAUUGACUCGUGCGCUUCUUCAUCCAGUCAGAAUUGGUCAUAAUUAAAGACGGAAAAUAAUUAUUUUUAAGUUUGUGCGAGAAAUCAUAUGGUAUGACCAUUCAAGUGACAACUUUUCAGCAGUACCUCCACAUGGUGCAAUUUAUUUGGUUCAUAGUUUAUAAACAUAUCAGUCAGUGCAUAAAGUCCUAAGGAGCAAACAUUCGAUUGAAACCACUUUGGCAGUAAUUUCGCAUAACAUGUUUUUAUGGCUUAGUCAAUCCCAAGCGUGCCCAUCCCCCUCCCCCUCGGGCAUUUGUCAUUUUCUUUUGGAAAAGCUGCAAAUGCCCCCACGGUGGGGCCGGGCGGGGGCUCAUACAAAAACCCCACGGUGGGGCUUUAAAAAGUGUGCAAAUGCCCCACCCCCGGACAACAACAAAAUAGCAUUUUCCAAAAAAUAAGCUGCAACUGGCAUAUUUAUAGGAAUCUUGUGAAAACGCGCGAAACCACCCUUCGCAAAUCGCUGCUGGCCGCUAGUUAUAAGCUUAAUUAUUUUUAUUACAAAAAUGAUCACAUCGGUCUGAUUAAUAUCAAUGACAGAACUAUAAACGAUAAUUUGAAUAAUACCCUUCUUAUAUUCGAAGGUAGUUAAAAUACUGAAUAAUAAAGAAGAAACAACCAACGAGCUUAACAUGAGUAUUUUCUCAUCACACAAUGGAACCGUUCUGUCAACGUAUUAAUCGUGUUAAGGGGCUGUGUCACGGCAGUCCAGUUUAUUUUGUUUAAUUUUGCGAAUUACUCGCCCUCAAUCGCUAUGGAACAUAAACUCAGCAAAGAAAUUACAGGUAAAUGACAAAACCAGAGAUCCGAGACAAACACUGAAUAUGUCUCCUGAGAAUUAUUUUUGAAGUUGCAAGCAGCAGGGAUCAACUUUAAAAAACUGUUAGGCUGAAAAGUUUUCAAACCCUAAUUUCAAUCCGUUUCAAUCUUCUUCAGUUUUGCCCAUCCGUGGCAUCUGUUGUUUCUGUUAUGUUAUUUUAACCUUUCUUUAAAGAUUUAAGCGGUUAGUUUUAUUUCUCUUAAUUUAACGGGCAUUUUGUAAUUUCCUAAUUUGGCUGAAUUUCGUGACACAGCUCCUUUAAUCACACAAAACACAAAGUUUACACUAGCUUUCAAAUAUCUCCCAAGAGUUGAUCUAGGUCCUUUUUCCUCAACCAUUUGCUCGCAAAGAAAGUGUUCCUUUAAACUCUUCAAAAACGAUGCAUUAAUUGUUUUUCCUCUAUGUGCGAAAUGAUCACGAUGGCGGGAAGCAAUUUCUUAGACGGAUGCAAAAAAUACUGUGGGGUGGAGAUGAAGCGAAAACCACACGUAUCCUUUCAAGCAUUUGUGUUAAUAUCUAUAGCGAUCUAAUAAGCACAUUUUAAGUGAAAUAUUGAAAAAGGGACGAUGUUAACCGCUUCUAGAAGAAUUGACAAAUGCCCCACCCCGGGCAGAGGUUUUUUGACAAAUUCCCCUCACCACCGAGACCGACAAGAUGACAAAUGCCCUGCAAAUGCCUGGCGGGGGAUGGGUAUGCCUGGAAUUGACUGAGCCAUAAGCAUUUCACAAAAUCUAAUCUGUUUUUUGCUUGUUUGUUUUUUGUUGUCGUUUGGUAUUUUUGUGAGUUUAUAAGGAUUACAAAUUCGGCAAGCGAAAGUUAGAUCGUUAUUCUUGUCGUUCAAUUUUAAUACGCCAUAAUAUCGGAUAAUCUAACUAUUAAGGUUUUUUCAAUACUGUCGAUCAAACUUGAGUUUUAUGUUAUCGGGACAAAUGAUGGUGAUAUAUAUCAGUCUGUGGUAAAAGAAGGUAAAGGGGCUGCAGCCCGGGGGGGUACUGCCAUAUAUGGGCUAUAUAGGUAUGUGCCGCUGUGAAGGGUAUGGUUUUCAGGCAGUUUACUCUAGGACAGGGUAUAUAAAUCAGAGCGUUUGGGUCUAGAAUAGGGUAUCAUUUUUCAGGAAACUGAUCAGUUGGUUGAAGAUCUAUCUAGACAAGGGAAACAGCUACUCUAGGAUAGGGGGGAUUUGGGGAGUUUACUCUAAUAUAGGGUAGCAAAAUUCAGCUGAACUAGCUCUAGUAUAGGUUAAGGGUUCCAGGGUCCCAGCGGCACAUCCCCACCCAGAAAUUCCUAAAGUACCCCCCCCCCCCCCCGGGGGGGCUGCAGUGUCACGGUUGUCUACCAGUAUUUUGUUAAUAAUACCAAUUCAAUUACACGUCCUUAUUCGCUUUGGAACUUGAGAAAUUACUUGGAAAUGAGAAAAUUACAGCUUCUUGUCAAACAAAUACGACGGUCUCCAGAGCAUUACAUCAAACUUUACAAACAACAAAAUAAACUUUGAAAAACUGUAAGGCUAACAAGUUUUCGGAAACCCACAAUUGCAUUCAGUGUUUCAAUCUACUUCAAGUUUAUCCAUCCGCUUCUCCAUUUGUAUUUGCUGUGUUAUAACUUCUUUUAAUGUUUGGAGUGGUUCUUUUCUCGUUUCACUCAGUUUGGAGACAGUUCCCACCGUUUCAUGAAUUUUGAUAAAUUAUGCUUUUUUUUUACUCAGCUGGGCCUAGUUGUUCGAAGGCCGAUUAGCCCUUCACCCAGGGUUAAAUUUAACCCAGCUUUCUUUUUCUUUGCUCAAAAGCAUUUUCUCGGAUAAUUUUCUCUGUUAUUCUUAAGAGUAUCCAAUCAUUAACCUGUUGACAGAAAGGAUAAAACUGAAUUUACUUUUUACGCUUUCAAAUCUGAAUUCAAAUUUCGCACUAACCCUGGGUUAUCUUAACCCAGCUUUGAACAAAACGGCCCUGGUGUUUAACACGAAAGUGUAAGUUUAUAGUUUCGUUUUGGAAGAGAGGGUGUGUUAACCUAUUUGCUAUUCAUAAAAUGUAACCGCAGAAAUGUUAAUCCAAAGAUAAUGAAAAUCACUAGGGACGCCUUCAAGAUCUUAAAACAGAUCUGACACUGCAGAAGCUCUUAAAAUUCCGAGUUUCUUUUUCUGAAAAAUGAUUUCGAUAACAAUAUCACAACAUCGAGAAAAAUUAGAACUUUAAGAUAGAGUAUACUGUAUUUUAGAAAUAAUCAUGCCCUUGGCCUUUGUGGGUUGCAGAACGAGUUGCCACUUUUUUUUAUUUUUACGCUGAUGAAUAAUUUAGCUGUUGCACCUUGUCAAAGCUGCUUUGCAUAACCACACACAUUACCCGCUUUACGAUUACAUCUGCCAUGCAACGCUGAUAAAAUGCAUCAUUUAGAUAAACUUGGAUUUAAUUGUUUUUAAGGUUUUCUCAAUGAUCAUCCGCAAUUUCCAUCUGGAAAAUGUAGGUAGCUUUUCAAAUAGUUAGGAGAUGCUUUGUGUUACUAUACCUGCAUGGAUUUGGUACCACAGCAACCAUUUACAAUCGGAAUUAGACAACUCGUGAAUAAUAGCUAGUCGGCCACGCGUUACCCUCGAAAGAAACAUGUAUGCUAUGAUAAAAUCAAACUCUUCAAACUCUUACAGUAACAGUAACAGCGCGCAAAGAAAGUCGCGUCCGAUAGCCGGCCGCGGCUAGUGGAUUUUGCUAUCGGGCUAGUGAUUUUUGUUCUUAACUUGCCCGAUGGGCAAGUUCUGUUUUUUGGGAAAUCCAAAUUACAGAAGGAUUGUAAUCAAUCCUGCUAAUCAAAAAGGGUUUUGGGGCUAGUUGAAAUGACUUGUGGGCUAGUACAUGCUGGCUACAGCUUGCCCGAAUGGUAGGCUGUAAAACUGACUUUUUUUGCACCCUGUAGUAAAUCCGAUCUUUGUCUUUCAGUAACAAUACCAUAAUCUGCUUAGUUGAUCUUAGUAUGAUACUGAUGUCAGUACUUGUUUCGGGUUCUGAUUUUUUAUAUGAUUAUGAGGGUCUCUUUUGGUUACCCUCCUGUCUAAGGUUUCUUGCAGCUUGUACUUAUUUUUUGACCAGUUUAUAAUUAUGUAGUUCUAUCGUUUGCUUUUUUAAUUUUCCUUUUUACCUUUGGCCUUAAACAAUUUUUGACAUUUGUUUUAUUUAGUUAUAUAUAUUUUUUUUGACAAAAAACUGUUGACAAUGGUGAGAAAAAUUGCACUGUAAAGAUGAGUCAUUGUCCUUGUUUUGUUCAACAGGAAGCUUUUAACCAAACCUUUGGUGAAGAAUUCGAAGAGAGAGAAAAAUUAUGGUGGAAAAAGGUUUGCCUUGUAGCAGUAGGUUUCGGGGCAAUUGCAACACUCAUCUACCAAUCUACAAAUUGACGACAGAAGACGAUUUGCUUACUAUAAGAGCUGGAUAUCGUUGGACUUACCAUUCAAGAAAAGUUGUGUUCCUUCGAGAUUCAUUGAGAUCAGAGAGUGAGCUUUAAUUGGACAACUUCAUUUUUUCGGGCAAGCUGAAAUUAUCGGCCUGAGAACAAGAUUUAUAGAAGACGUCUUGCUAUCGAACUUUACUUCUAAGAUGCGCGCUUUGGGGCUUAUACUUUAGCCAAUUUUCUAUUUUAGGAUAAAGCUUACUCAUAUUCUGCUGUAUUGUAUGAACAGCGACGUAAAGCGGAAAAAAAGAUCACCAAGAACAAAUCUGUCAAGAGAAAAUAGCUUGCUGAGCGCGAGUAGAUUCUUCUGUUAGUUUCCUAUCGCUAUCAUUGGUUAUUUAAGGAAGUGGAAUACGUCUAGCUUACAAAAUCUGGUCAUCGAGUAUCGAUGGCAAUUUUGGCAUUAUUUUAGUUACUAACUGCAAAACCAACUACAUCUCCCGCGUUUUUGUUGAUUUAAAUCAGAGCUAAAAGCCAAUGACAACAGUUUGGUUUGACCUUAAGGACAUUAAAGUGAAAAUACCCUCCAAAAUUUGUAAUUAUAACGUAAGAGUCAGUAAGCCGAAUUUUUUAUCUGCUAAAUAAAUAGAAUAUUAUAGAAACUAUUUUAUACUACAUCAUCUGACACUGAAAUAUGCGCGAAGUCUGGUACUUCUGCAUGAAAAAGUUCUUCAAACAUUUCGCUGCUAAUUUAUGUAGCCAAAAAAGUACGAAAUAAGACACAAUAGGUUAUGUCUCAGCAGUUUGCUUUGUACAAAACAAGCUGGAAAUAGCAACAGAUCAUCUCUCAUGUUCAACACAACAAUCGUUAGGGAAAAACAAUAAAAAGGCGGGUACUUAUCAUAUAUUUGAAUUUUAAAAUAUAGAAAGGAGUAGUUAUAGACCAGGCAGAAUUUAUUGGUCAUAUAUUUAUUCGAAUUAUAUUAAAGACUUCCUGAAAUUUUGUAUUAAUCUAAUGAAAGAACAAUUCUGAAAUAGGCGAAGAAAUAAUUAAGCAUUUUUGUAUCCUGAAAUUAUCCCCUUUGAGAUAAGAGCUCAAUGCUUCAGAUAAUUAACUUUUACUGAAUUCGUAUGAUAUGAAUAAUUUAUAUUUAGUAAAAUCCAACUAAAGGUCUAUUAUCAACACUGCGUUCUAAUUGGUUGAGCUACUACUAGGCUAUACGUUAUACCCCACUAGUAACGAAAAGCGCCGGGUUUGAAAACCAAAACAAUGGCGGCUGAAUCGUGUUUUGCUUGCUAAAAAGUAAUUUGUCUCGAUAUUUUUGACCAACUGGUGGGAUUUUACUAAAAAAUUAUUCCUCGAGCCCGAAUGGGCUCUGAAUCAAUAGCCCAUGAGGCCGAGGGCCGAAUGGGCUAUUGACUCAGAGUCCAUGAGGGCUCGAGGUAUUAUUGUUAAUUAUGCAAAUCGAGGAGGCUGGUAUCCACCCCGAUCUCCCCAAUCCUUCAUAUACAGUAAAAGCGCGCGACUAAGAACCUGGAUUUUCCCAAGUUAGCCUAAACAGGUUCUUACAUAAAUGGUAAUUAGGACAAACUUAGGCUAUUUAGGUUCAUGGCAAUGAGUAUUAAGUGAUUAACCUUAUUCCUUAUAUACAAUCUGCAUACCAAAUUAGUAUUUAUGUAAAAUGUAAAAAUGACUAUGAGAAGAAGGACUGAAGCACUGACCACAUGAAUUUUGACGUCCUUUUGCCUAAGUGUACAGAAUUUUUUUGUAGAUUUCAAAAAAUAAGAACCUAUUUAAAAUUUUGGGCUAAACAGGUUUUUAGAGGGGGCCUACUGAAGUAUUUUAGCCUAACAGGUUCUCUAAAACCAGGUUCUUAGUCGCGGGUAUGUACUGUAAUACGACAACCGAAUUCAAUCCUGCACUCAUGCAAAACAAACUAUGCUGUCGCACCAGUGCCUUACAUGACGUAAGUGACUGUAUAUCACAUCUUUAGUCCUCAUUAAGUAUAAAUAGCCAGCUAGCAAUCUUGGACAAAAUAAAUGGAAAAUUCAGACCCCCGUCCCCCAAUCAAAGAUGGGAAAAGGGCGCGUUUACACUUCGCGCGGAUUCAUCCUUUAUUUGGGGGGAUAGCGGUUUGCUGUUCCAUUUUAUUCUGUCCAAGAUUGUAGCUAUCAAGAAUUAGCCGGGGGAAUUAAAGCCAAUCAGAAAAACGCGAAGUAUUUUUAAUGAAUAUUAAGGUUAAUUAUCUGUAUCGAUUCGUUGUAAUUGCUUGUUAUAAAAAUGACAUAUUUUGAGUAAACAACGAAAAUGCUACAAUUUGAAGCUGCUUUUGUAUCAGUAUCUUACAUGUAGUUUGACUUUAAAGUGACGCUUAAUAGACUAUACAAUCCUUUUUUAUAAAAUGUACUUGCUACUCCUUGUUUAAGUCCUCCUAGAAAUGUAUUUUAACAUUAAUUUACACAAAUUUAUUAAACUUGUAUCAUUAAGCAGUAUUUAUAGCAGAAGGCUUCAGUGGCGUCAAGCACAUUACCGUUAAAAAAAAGCAAACAUUUAAAUUUAACAGGAGUUGCUAAUGCUGGACGAAAUCCCUUCAAAUAAGACUGAUCAUCCUCAGGUUACUGAACACAGUUUGAUGUAUAUUGAGGUGUCAAGCUCAAAUUUGGCACAAACAAUCUAUAUUUAUAAGAUAUUACAUUCGUUAGGUUAAAGCUGAGAUUUGGGUCGUUUCCAUGGUAACAUGGAUGAUUGAAAACAAGCCCAAAAUUUUGAAUUUACUAGGUCUUCGAAAAUUCCAGUCAUUAUAUUUUCUUAUUUUUUAGACGAAACCACUUGACCAAAUUGUAACAAACAGUAAUUAAAACUUUUAAGAAAAUAACUUUCACGGGAAUGUUGAUUGUUUCAUUAAACUCCUUUGUUCAAUUAUUUUGAGUUCUUAGUUCUUUAUGCGAAAUUUUAGUCCUUCAACACUACGGUCAUUAUCUUCUUUUGUUGGUAUGCUCAAAGCCUUUCUGCAAUGUGUUGGUUGAAAAAAGAGAACCCCUUUUAUACAUUUUCGUGUAACAGUGAAGUAAUGACUUUAGUAGCUUUCAGUUUUCUCCUCCUUAUAACUUCUGAUACCCUGAGCAAGUGUUCAUGGAGCUUUGUGGUUGUUGUAUUUUCCUGCUCCAUCUCACGCGUUUAACACGAGGUUUUUCUUGAGAUUCUUUGGGAUAGAGCAAGCCAAGUAGGUUGAACAAAGGCUAACCUAUAAGCUGCGGCUUAUCUACAUGUAACUCCAAAUUUGAUAAGAAGUGGUUCAUUUUAGGUAGAUAAUAGACCUUUUCACGAUUUCUUUCGACUUUUUAUAUGGACCAGUUAGGGAAAAUCCAUCGACACCGCUGAAAAGAGCGCCUUUAAAUUAGUAAAAUUGCCAAAUUUGAAAGUGAUACGUCUUAAGUGAGCAAAGAUGUAGCUACGUAAAGUUACGAAAAUUUACAAUCGUUUGUAUGGAGGGGGGGCAAGUUUGUACCGCCCACCGUCAAACGUCUGUAAAAUUUCGCGACUUGGAAGGGAUAUAUCUUCGUUAGUUUUUAACAGAUCACUUUCAAACCUGGCACUUUUACUAAUUUUAAGGCGCUCUUUUCAGUGGUGUCGACGGAUUUUCCCCAACUUGUCCAUGUCAAAAGUUGAAAAAAACCGUAAAAAGGUCCAUUACUUUACUCACACUAGUCUGCGUUGGGCUACACGCCUUCUCGACUAAACGAUCAUAAUAAACCAUGUUUAACUGCUUGUUGGCGAAAUUCAAGAUUAAUUAAAGCCCCGUCCUUGGAACACUUGCAUGUAAACUCCUAAACCGUACAACAGUAUACUCUACACAGCUGUCUUGAGUGAAUGAAACUCAUAAGCUCCCUUUCAAGUUAGUAGACCACCAAAUGAAAUCCAACUUCCUUGUAGCAUUCCAGGCCUAAGCUUUCUUCACUUCUACGUUCUUUGACGGGACACUACUCAGAAUUUGUAAGCCGCAGUGAAUUUGUAAGGCACCUCAUUCUUUAAAAACUGUUCUGGUUGUUUAAAGGACUACCUAUAGUUCGUCGACAUACGGCUAGGCUUUUGUGUACUAUGCUCGCCUUUUUCUGGAGCAUUUUAGUGACAUUUUCCUGGAAAAUUACUAUUUUUCUUAAAUAAAAUAACAAUUUAAAAAUUUUUCAGAGAAACGGAUGAUUUUUGGUCAUAUAUUUAUUCGAAUUAUAUUAAAGACUUCCUGAAAUUUUGUAUUAAUCUAAUGAAAGAACAAUUCUGAAAUAGGCGAAGAAAUAAUUAAGCAUUUUUGUAUCCUGAAAUUAUCCCCUUUGAGAUAAGAGCUCAAUGCUUCAGAUAAUUAACUUUUAUUGAAUUCGUAUAAUAUGAAUAAUUUAUAUUUAGUAAAAUCCAACUCAGUAGAGGUCUAUUAUCAACACUGCGUUCUGAUUGGUUGAGCUACUACUAGGCUAUACGUUAUACCCCGCUAGUUGCGAAAAGCGCCGGGUUUGAAAACCAAAACAAUGGCGGCUGAUUCGCGUUUUGCUUGCUAAAAAGUAAUUUGUCUCGAUAUUUUUGACCAACUAGUGGGAUUUUACUAAAAAAUUAUUCCUCGAGCCCGAAUGGGCUCUGAAUCAAUAGCCCAUGAGACCGAAGGCCGAAUGGGCUACUGACUCAGAGUCCAUGAGGGCUCGAGGUAUUAUUGUUAAUUAUGCAAAUCGAGGAGGCUGGUAUCCACCCCGAUCUCCCCAAUCCUUCAUAUACAGUAAAAGCGCGCGACUAAGAACCUGGAUUUUCCCAAGUUAGCCUAAACAGGUUCUUACAUAAAUGGUAAUUAGGACAAACUUAGGCUAUUUAGGUUCAUGGCAAUGAGUAUUAAGUGAUUAACCUUAUUCCUUAUAUACAAUCUGCAUACCAAAUUAGUAUUUAUGUAAAAUGUAAAAAUGACUAUGAGAAGAAGGACUGAAGCACUGACCACAUGAAUUUUGACGUCCUUUUGCCUAAGUGUACAGAAUUUUUUUGUAGAUUUCAAAAAAUAAGAACCUAUUUAAAAUUUUGGGCUAAACAGGUUUUUAGAGGGGGCCUACUGAAGUAUUUUAGCCUAACAGGUUCUCUAAAACCAGGUUCUUAGUCGCGGGUAUGUACUGUAAUACGACAACCGAAUUCAAUCCUGCACUCAUGCAAAACAAACUAUGCUGUCGCACCAGUGCCUUACAUGACGUAAGUGACUGUAUAUCACAUCUUUAGUCCUCAUUAAGUAUAAAUAGCCAGCUAGCAAUCUUGGACAAAAUAAAUGGAAAAUUCAGACCCCCGUCCCCCAAUCAAAGAUGGGAAAAGGGCGCGUUUACACUUCGCGCGGAUUCAUCCUUUAUUUGGGGGGAUAGCGGUUUGCUGUUCCAUUUUAUUCUGUCCAAGAUUGUAGCUAUCAAGAAUUAGCCGGGGGAAUUAAAGCCAAUCAGAAAAACGCGAAGUAUUUUUAAUGAAUAUUAAGGUUAAUUAUCUGUAUCGAUUCGUUGUAAUUGCUUGUUAUAAAAAUGACAUAUUUUGAGUAAACAACGAAAAUGCUACAAUUUGAAGCUGCUUUUGUAUCAGUAUCUUACAUGUAGUUUGACUUUAAAGUGACGCUUAAUAGACUAUACAAUCCUUUUUUAUAAAAUGUACUUGCUACUCCUUGUUUAAGUCCUCCUAGAAAUGUAUUUUAACAUUAAUUUACACAAAUUUAUUAAACUUGUAUCAUUAAGCAGUAUUUAUAGCAGAAGGCUUCAGUGGCGUCUGACAUACGGCUAGGCUUUUGUGUACUAUGCUCGCCUUUUUCUGGAGCAUUUUAGUGACAUUUUCCUGGAAAAUUACUAUUUUUCUUAAAUAAAAUAACAAUUUAAAAAUUUUUCAGAGAAACGGAUGAUUUAAAGUGGAAGUUCAAAAAAAAAAAAAUUUAAAUUCAACCAAGAUACAUUCGUGGAAAGGAUCAUUUUUUGCCGUAUGACAACUCUUAACUUGUACAUGUUGUGGUUCAAUUUUAUCCUUGGUUUAAUUUUAAUUUUCUUUUGUUUUAGGGUAUGGUAAUGACUAUGAUAAUGAGUUAAUUAUACAUCACCAUACCCAAAAGAAAAGAAAUUUAAAAAUUAAACCAAGGAUAAAAUUGAACCAGAAUAUAUACAUUGUUGUCAUUCUGCUCAUACAUUUUUACUUAUAACCUUAAAAACGUUUAGAACUGUUUUUUUUUUUAACAUUAUACGCUGAGCAUUAUCCGAGCAUUUUAAUGACUUUUUGGCGGGGGGCGACCGAGUAUUUUAGUGCAAACAGUUUAAAGUGGAGCAUUUUAGAAAGGAAAAAGCAUCAUGUACAAAAGCCGACAUAGGCCUUAUUCGAUGAAUACAGAAAGAGCAUCUUAUUGUAGUUCCUUGCUGCAAUGGGCAUAAGACUGCGAUUGUUUGCUGGCUUCUUGGAACUGAGACUUUUCCCCUCUCACUCCACGUUUUUGGCCAAGGGAUCUCUUGUUUUGACCCAUCCCCUUUGAGAAAAAAAAUUUGCUUUUACGGAGCAUUCAACGUUCUUAAAAAUAUGUGCAGCAAUUAUGUUUACUUAAUACCAGCUCCUAAGUAUGAUGCUAUGCGGGGUACUAGAGUCCGUUAAUGUGGUCGUCUUCAUAUUCCACACAGUUGCUUGUGCCUUUUCACCCUGGUUACCAGUUGGUGUUACGUACCGUCACGUGAUAGCCGACAUUUUGAGAAAUGGAAAAUGUUAAAUGUUAUUUUUGAUCAUUUUUGUGUGCCUAAAGAAUGUUAAAUAUUUGACUUAAGGCACAGUAUCAGCGAAAUUUUGUGAGAAUUGGUGUAACAGAAAGAGACCAGAGGAGAGGUAUGUUUUUCUCUUUCACUUGCACAGUGAAUGAAGUUUCUAACCGUUUUGAGUCUUUGUACAAAAAACUGUGCGGGUGGGACCAUUCAAAUGGAACCUCCUUGGAAAAUUGAAGUUUGGAACAUCUGUCGUAUUUUGACUUUGGCCACUUCUGGAAGUGAAAACUGAUAUUCAUGUGAAGGUAAAAUAGAGCCAGAGAAUCGCUGCAGCUAAUUCCAAGUAAUAAUUCUAAGUCAGUGAUGUUGAUGACUUAAAAGGGUGUACGUGCCAAUGUUUUGAGUCGCAAAGAUGAAGGCAUUUUUAAAGUUUUUUACGUGCUUCCCCGAUCGCAUGACCAAUUUCAUCCUACUUGUUUGUGGUUUCUCCUUUGUUUCUUCGUUAACUCGUUAACCGAAGAUUCGAUGAAAAUAGAAUGCGGCAGACGCUUUGUUUGUUUGUUUUUUGGCCGCAAAACGAAGAAAACGUGAGCUUUUUUUAAUUCACUUACAAUGAACACUAUGACUCAGUAUUUGCCAAUUUUCCGCCACAAGAGAGCAUAAUGAAAAAGUUUCAAUAAUAUCUUGUUUGAUUACCAAAAACAAACUCUGCGGCAACAAGUAAGUAUUGGUUUGAUUUAAUUUAUUUAGACAUUAGUGCCUAAACAUUCCACCCGUAAAUUGUAUAGAAUGUAGUGGCCGGUAGAAGCGAACUUUAAGUUCAUUUUGCAAAAAGUACAAGGCGGGAGUUUUAACCACAUCGGUUUCACUGUUCAGUCAGUGUUAAAUUAAAGCUAUUUCGUCCCCAGAUCGUUCAAGUUAGAAAUAUUGAUUGCAUCGAUACUUGAUGCUGAAAACAAAAGGAGGGCACAAAAACUCUUAAAUGUAAGAUUCUAUGAUGGUAAGCCAUAAGAUCGUCUUGUAUUUAUUUGUUGACUCUUCAUGUAGCUAGAGCUACUCGGCAUGUGUCACGUGACUCUCCACUGCGUUUUACUGACACGCAGGUUUAUUCUCUACAAAAGAUCGCCAAAUACGAUCGAGGUGUUUGGUGGUCAGUC